UUCGAAUAAAAGCAGCCUGAAAUGAUAUGAAUCGAUCGGUAAGGAAUGUAGAUAAAAAAAAAGUUCGGGCAAGAAUCGUACGAUGGCAGCACCAUCUAUUUUCGGCAAAACUUCAAUGGAAAACGUAUUUGGAUUCGAUUGGUGACGAGGGAUGCUCCAUCGGUAGGCAAAGCUUUGUACGUCAGAACAGUCUCAUUCAAUACGACCCAUCGGCAACUUGCUCGAACGUCACCGACAAUUUACGACGUCACGCGUAUUCAAAGUUUCGCCACAGAUAGGACGGAGAAAAGACUUUCUACGAAUGAAACUCUUCUCACAUCUAUCGCUAUACACAUAGAAACAUAGAGACACAUAUAAAUACCUAAAUAAAUCUACAUAUAUGUAAAUAUUAGAUAUCAUUUCGGUCGGUUUAGAAAACGCGAAGAAAAAUAUUGUAAAAAGUUACGAAUUUAUUUGACUGCAUAACAUUAGUGAAAAAAAGAAAAAAAGAAAAAAAAGAAAAAGAAACAAGUUUGCAAUCUUGAAGGAAGACUACGUUGUUGCUUUUGCUACUAACUGAAAACAAGUCUGCUAUGACGCAACUACUACAGCGUCGCAAUGCAGAUCAUGGCGGCUAUUGUGCCGAGGAAACAACAACCCUCUCUUUCUUACUUCCUUCGCUAUUUUGCCAUUUAUUUCUCUUCUACUUCCACUACUAAUACUACUACUUCUUCUUCUUCUUCUUCUUCUUCUUCUUCUUCUUCUUCUUCUUCUUCUUCUUUUUCCGUAAAUAUUCUUGAAUACAAACGCGAGGGUCGUAAGAAAAAAAGAAGGAAAAUCGUAUAAAGACGCGAGGAAGAAGGGUUCGAUCGAGUACGGUGAUGUUGUUGUGUUAGGGAAAGGGUGGGACUGAUAAAAGCGUGACGUUACGCUGACGUAGUCGACGUCACCCUAUCGAGCAGACGUUCCUGGGAGACAUCGUUCACAUACACACACACACACACACACACACACACAUACUGGAAUAUAGUGGAGAAUGCGCAGGUAGCGCACUCUUCGGGUUGAAUUAAAAGGGAACGUGGGCGUUGGAGGUAGCACACAAAGCGGGCGUAGCUGAGGCUACGCUCUUCCCUCGAUGUUGCUGCUUGCCGUACUGGGAUCCUCGAUUUCUCUUAUACCGUAUUCAAAAAUAACGAUAGUUGUACUAGUAGUAGUAACUAUAAAAGUACACUAAGAAGAAGUAAAAGAAGAAGAAAAAGAAGCUAAGAAGAAGAAGAUCGUUGAAACUUUUUCCUUCUCCUUGGAGACGUCACCUUUGAGAAAACAUUAAUCGUUCACUUUCCUUUUCUCUUAUCUUCUUUUCCUCAACCCUAAAGCAACCACCCAACCCAUUCCCGUUCUUUCAAAAUCGAUUAGUUCCUCUUCUCUUUCUCUCUUUCUCUAUCACCCUCUCUACUCUCGCAGCUAACGUAUCAACGAUGAAAAAAUGAUGGAAAGAUUACGAAGAGUGGAAGGAAAAAGAAAGAAAAAAAGUUUUACCUCGCGGAUCUUAAGACGGAAGCAGACACCCCUACUACUUCGUCAAAGAUAUUUUCUUCGUAGAACCCUCAUUCAGUCUUUUCCACAUAAAUAAGACACGAGUUUCUGGAGAUACGCGUACGCGUAUAAAUCGGAAGAAGCCGGCGAACCGCGAAGACGGAAAAAAAACGUGCUACUAAUCGACUACUACCAUACCCCUUCGAAACUACCCCGUACUACUACUACUACUACUACAUACUGUACGUGCCUAUUCGAUUUAGAGGAGUCUAAGCUAGUUACAAUUACCUACGAGAGGAAAGAAAAAGAAAUAAAGAAAAUAAAAGAGAGACAAAUACUACGGUAAUUGAAAUCGUACAUCUAGAGAGUCUAUAGUGAAAGGCCAUAGGGAAAGGCCAUAGGGAAAGGCCAUAGGGAAACGGGACUAUAUAUUAGAGAGAAAGAGAGAAAAUAAAGAAAAGAGGAAAAGUGUGAGCAGCGAAAGAAAACGAGGCGGAGACAAAUUUCAACGUUUAUGGAAGGAGAAACAUCAUCGAGAUUUUACGCUAUCCAAAUUUAGUCGAUUCAACAAUCUUUCGCUAUUUCUUUCUCUCAUAUAUAAGAGAACCCACCCUUCGUAUUUUAUUCUGAUACUGGAUCCUGAAUAAAACAAAAAAAAAUAGAAAGGAAAGGGAUAAAAAGUAAAAGGAAAAUAAGGAUCGGAUCCCUCGGUGUGUAUCUUGACUCAAAGGAAAAGUCGGCCUAAUCCACGUUCGGUACACCGAUUCCCUCUUGUGUACUGGAAAGAAAAAAAAAGAGAAAAUAAAGGAAGAAAAAUAGAUAGAAAUAGAUAGAUAAAUAGGAAGAGAGAGAGAGAGAGAGAGAGAGAGAGAGAGAGAGAGAAGGAGUAAGAGAAGGGUUCGUUUUUUUAUCAGGAGCGUAAUCCCCCCUCGCAUUAGAUAGGAUACGGUGAAGAUCUCUUUCCGUCAAUCCGUAUAAUACGGUCGUAAAAGAGCAAGCAAGCAAGUAAGCAAGGAAGGAAGGUAAAAACGACGGUAGGGAGGAAAGGAAUCGGCCAUUAUCGAGUCACGUAAGAUGACGUUCUGUAUAUUUUGGCUACUAAUAUACGUUGGACAUGUUUUCGAACCAGGAACUCAACCGGUGAGCGUAGCUCACGAAAGAAACCAACAGGAUUUAAACGCGAGGAAAUAUCAGAACGAACAGAGCACGAUAGGUGGCAACCUGUUGCACCUAAAAACAUAUCCUUACGAAAGAUCGCAUCGCAAUGACAUGUCCAUAUACGAGGAAAGGCAACCGAUUUAUUCUUGGACACCGAACGACAUGUUGGUAGAUGAGAUUAUUAACGAACCUAAUGACUUGGAGGCUGCCAUAAUGGCAUUCUCCCCUCAUUUGUCUAACAUCGUUUAUCCAAAAUACUUGGCCGUUACGUCACCAUAUGUCACGGUUAGUUCAACAACGACCGAGCCCCUCGUAGACGACGACCUUCUUGCACAACAUAGCUUUCCACGUCAACAUCAACGGUUACAACGUCAGCACCACUACCAUCACGAACAAUUACAACAACGGCUUAGGCAGCGACGUCAGUUGCAACGAAACAAGAAGAGACGGAUAAUCGAUUACAGCAACAAUAAGCAACACCACUACCAUCAACAGCAGCAGCAGCAGCAAGUUCAAAGCCAAGCGCUUGAACUACCUAUUUCGAUUUAUUACAAUGGCGAGAAGAUCCUUCCAAACGGAAGACAAUCCGAUCAAGAGGAUGUCUACGAACAGAGACUUAACUUGCCGAUUAAAUUGAAGACUGAACCGAUUUUAGAGCGUGUCUCCAAGCAAUCGCCAUCUUCUUCUUCUUCAUCGUCAUCGUCAUCGUCAUCGUCAUCGUCAUCGUCAUCGUCAUCGUCACCGUCAUCGUCAUCGCCAUCUUCUUCUUCUGCUUUAUCCUCUUCGCGGGAAUUUUUCAACGCCGGAGGAUUCAUCCCCUUGAAACCUUUUAUAUACGAGAUUAACGAUCCUUCCAACAAAAAGAAUUGGAUAAGCAUCGGACGUCGAUCGGUCAAUUUGCCAGAGGAGUCUUCUGUCUCUCACCAAGCCCUGGCACCCCAUACAUCUCCCUUUACUUCCGGAGGAGCAAGUGUGAACACCCGAUUGGUGAGGUCUAUCAGGACGAACAGACCUUACGACGUGCCGCAAAUUGAGUGUCCAGCCUCGGAGGAAGGAAUGGAGAGGUUUGCAUGUCCGAAGCCGGAUAGAAUGGGUAGAUAUCGUUGUAUCGAUGACCAUGUUCUAUGCGACGGCUUCUUGGACUGUCCGGGGGGUGAAGAUGAAGAUAUGCUGCACUGCAUGUUUUUCAAAACUACGAGGGCGCACCUCGACGUCUUAGCGGACGCCAUAUUGCGAUGGGCAAGAGGACGCUAAUUGCUUUAUUAUAAACGAUUAAUCUCCAUCAAUCGUAUUAAUCUCCAGAAAUCGUACAUAAUGCCUCAUCGAUGUAAUACUUCUCUACUGCGUUUAAUGCAUUCCCCGAAAACAGAUUACUUAUUCUCUCUCUCUCUCUCUCUCUCUCUCUCUCUCUCUCUCUCUCUCUCUCUCUCUCUCUCUCUCUCUGUAAAAUUCUUUAAAGUUUUCAUCUCAUUUCAAUCCUAUUCUUCCGUAUUCUUUUCUCUAUCUAUAUUUUUAUCUUAUACCAUUUGUCUCUUCCUUUUAUCUGUUUGUCUAUUUCUCUCUCUCUCUCUCUCUCUCUCUCCCUCCCUCUCGUUCCAUCUAUCACGUUGUCACUUCCUCUACUUCUUUCUAUUUCUCUCUAUUUCACUUUAUUCCCAUCGCACUUCUCCUUUUCUAUUUGUUGACAUAAACUGUAGAAAGAAACUUGACUAAAAUCAAAACUCAGGGAAACGUGAGAAUGUACUAUCCCGCGAAUAUACUCAAUACAUGUAUAGCAAAAGCAACCCUAAUCCGUCGUGAAAUGAAUCUAACAAAACAAAAAAGAAAAGACGGAACGAAAGAAAGGAAUAAAAAACAAAAAAAAACAUUGGAUCGAAGAAAGAAAACAGGAAGGGGUAGUUAAAAAAAAAAAUAAACAAUCGUACAUGAAAUACAUGACUGCAUAUAGGAUGUUAAAGAACAAAUAAUUCAGGACUUUAGAAGAGACAUAUAUAUAUAAAUAUAAUUAAUAUAGCUGAGUACAAAAUUCUUAAUUAAUGUGACUCGUGAAAAAUACAAAUAAUAAUAAUUACAGAAGAAGAAAAAUUUGACCUCGAUAAGGGAAACAAAGCCGCAAUUACGAAUCAUUUUCAGUUUUUGUUUAUAAUGAUAAACAAUUUAAUUGCUUUUGUUGGAUUAACAAGAGCUACCAACCAUAACUUGCUUCCAUUUUACUACACAAGCUUCCAUAUGUUGAUAACAAAAUUGUCUCCUAUCUCUCUUUCUCUCCCCCUUUCUUUCUUUUUGUUUCUCUCUCUCUCUCUCUCUCUCUCUCUCUCUCUCUCUCUCUCUCUCUCUCUCAAUUAUUCUUACAAGAAAUAUUUGAAAAGAAAAAAAUCUCCAAAAGAGGAUUAAAAUUUCGUCUAUAUUUAUCUUUCAUUGAUCAAAAUCCGACAUUAGAAUGAUAUAAAAUGGGAUAAAAUUUUCUAUCAUAGCAUAAAUCAAAUCCUUUUGAAUCUAUGAUCGAGAGGAAAUAUUUUAUAAAGUAAUUCUUUAUCCAUAUGACGCGUUCACAUAAAUAAAAUAGAGCAAGAGAAAGAAGAAAAGAAAGAGAGAGUCAGUUGUAAUGCACACAAAGAACGAAUAAUCAUCAAUAAUUUAUGAUCAGGAUCAAUUUUCCGAUUCACAUUGAUUAAGCUUUUAUUACUCAUCUCAGCUGAACGAGUACUAUAAAUACAUAUCGUCUGAAUCAUCAAUUAUAA